CAUCUCCAGUCCACCAGCAGGAGGCGGCUCUGUUUGAUCUGUUCACUAGGAAGUGACGUCACUGCGUGGUUUCCGUUGCUACUUGUAAACAAAGCGCAGUUAGCUGCGGCUACCCUGGUGACGAGAACUGGGCAAUAAUCAGAACCAAGCCGAAUCGGUGGAUCCGGACCGGAACGUCUUAGGGAUGGAGUGAACCAGAACCGGCACCAUGUCCAUGGAAGACCCGUUCUUCGUCGUUAAAGGGGAGGUAGAGAAGGCGGUUCACGCUGCCCAGAGCCUCCAUCGCCGCUGGGUGGAGCUGCAGCAGGAAGUGGGCGGAGCCUCCAGGGAGGAAGCGGAUUGGACGACCAAUGAGCUGCGGAACGGCCUGCGGUCCAUCGAGUGGGACCUGGAGGACCUGGACGAGACCAUCAGCAUCGUGGAGUCCAACCCCAGGAAGUUCCACCUGGACGCUGCCGAGCUGACGAAGAGGAAGGCCUUCAUCACCAGCACUCGCCUCACCGUCCAGGACAUGAAAGAACAGAUGUCGGGUCCAGCAGCUGGUUCUGGUACUGCUGACAGAUACGGCAAACAGGUUCUGCUGGGAGACUCCCAGGAUCCCAUCUGGCAGCCUGGUUCCGAUCAGUUCGGCCCACCGGACCACCGGCCGCAGAACGCCAACACUCAGUUCAUCGGCGAGCAGCAGACACAGCAGCAGCUGAUUGCGGAGCAGCAGGACGAGCAGCUGGAGCGGGUUUCCGGAACCAUCGGGGUUCUGAAGAACAUGUCGGAGCGGAUCGGCCUGGAGCUGGACGAGCAGGCCGGGAUGCUGGACGACUUUGGACAUGAGAUGGACAGCACUCAGUCCCGCCUGGACACCGUCAUGAAGAAACUCGCUAAAGUCUCACACAUGAACAGCGAUCGCCGCCAGUGGUGUGCGAUUGGAGUGUUGCUGCUGAUCCUACUGGUCGUCAUCAUCCUCUUCUUCAUCCUCUGACUGAAGCAUCACAUCGACCCAAACCGCUGAUCCCAGCCCUCUGGACCCGGUCCGGUCCGGUCCGGUCCGACAUGUUCCUGCUGUGAUUUUCACUUGUUGAACUUUAUUUCAGAGAAAAAAGAAGUCUGUUCAGUUUGUUUUUGUUUGCUUUUAAUAUUCUGAAAGUACCUAGCAUAACUCUAAAACCAACCAGUCUAACUAGUUCCUGUCCAACAUGGACCUGAUGACUCAGCAGAACCUGGGUCCAUUCUGUUCACUCAGAGCCACUUUGACCCGUUUGAGCUUUAAUCUGAUUGGCUCCUGCCUGCAGCAGGAGGCUGGGUUCUGGAGGUUCUGGUUAGGAGUGCACCGAUUGCAGUUUUCUGACCGAUGGCCAAUAAUCGCUCUUUAAAAAGCCCGAGCUGCCGAGUCCGACUUUCUUUGUCUGGAAUGUCGAUAAAUAAAAUUAUUUAUUUGGAUAACUGGGGCGGCUAUUGUUACUGCAGACAGGAUGUGGAGGGCGGGGCUAACCUGGUGGGCGGGGCUAACCUGGUGGGCGGGGCUAACAGUGUAACCUCAGCAGAGGACAGUGGCUGAUUUUUAGAGCUUUGCUGAUGUAGAUCAGGUUGUCCAAUCACUGAUCUCCCAAAACAAAGAAAAUCUGCACCAAUAAAUCGGCUGGCCGAUAAAUCGGUGCACACCUAGUUCUGGAGGUUCUGGUGGACUGGACCCAGACAGUGAACUCUGCUCCACCUUUAGACUGAACAGUUUUCAGUUUCAUAAAAUGUAAAAACAUCAGGAAACAUUAUUCUUUCAAUAAUGUUUCUUAGAGAACCAGAACCAGAACCCUGACCCAAACAUCCGUUUUAGUUUCUCCAGGACCAAAACAAACCUCACUCUGAACUAGAAGAGUUUAAACUGGUUCAUUUUAACUGGUUAAUUUGGUGGAACUAACUUAAAAACACUAAAUUUUGUUUGUGUUUGUUUUGUUUACUGAAAACUUUUACUUUGUUAAACAGUUUAAGUGAUAUGUUGACGUUUGAAUUCAGAUUAUUGAAAGUGUUUAGGAUAUAGAUUUGAGUCCUCAACCACACUUCCUGCUGCUCCUUCACAAUAAAAGCUUCUCUCUGUCAGUAAACUCAGCUCAGCGGUAGAAGCACCUUCUGACAGACUCUUAUUCUGAAGGAGCAACAGGAAGUCUGAUAAAUGAGCUCUUUAUGAGAACAGCUGACCAAGAAGCAGUCAAUCAUGGCUUUACACAUCAGGUGUGACAGCCGUUUGGUCAUGUGACGUCAAUGAAACAUUUCAUUUCUGACUGAUCAACUUUAUUAAAGCAUCUUGUUGGAAACUCCAGCUUUA